UUUUGGCCGCAGCCAUUCUCAGCCAUUGAAAGAUUUUAAAGCGCCCCAACAGCGCCAUGAAUGAAGGAAACGGCGGUGCGAAGCCACCUCAAGGCGAGAGUGGACACGUGAGCCGCGUGAGGCGCUUAGUCCAGAGCCGUGGCUUCAACGGCUUUAUCGCAUUGUUGGUAUUCGUUGAUGGCUGGACCAUAUGUCUUGAUGCUGAUGCACGUGCACGUGCCUUGGCCACACCUGCCUGGGCUCAGAUUGUCUCGAUUUUCUGCUUGGUUCUCUAUACCUUUGAGCUAGCCUUGAAGCUGGCGGUUGGAUUCGGACUUUGGGGUCAGAAACUGAACCUCUUCAUCAUUCUGACCGGAUAUUUGGAGAUCAUCCUGAGCCUGUCAGCGAAUCCUUCGGUCCUCCUGAGCGUGCUGCGUGCCGUGCGUUGCGUGCGGAUCAUCAAGCUCCUGGCAUCGCUUCGUGACGCAGGGCUAAGCAGCUUGACCCAGCUGGAGAACAUCAUGUUGCUGUGCAUGAAGGACCUUUUCUGGUCUUCGUGUUUGUGCUUCCUGAUCAUGACUUCCUUUGCGUAUCUAUUCGUUGAGAUCAUUAAUCCUUUGUAUCAAUCAACGGACGUGGACUUCCCUGUGUGUGAGCGCUGCCAUCGGGCAACCUCUUCCAUUAUGGAUGCGAACCUCUUCUUGUUCCAGACGGUCGUCGUUGGCGACAACUGGGGAGAGGUGGCUCUUCCUGUGAUCAACAACUUUCCUGGGUCUGCAGCGCUACUCAUCGGGGCCUACUUGACCAUCGUCUUUGGACUUCUGAACUUGAUCAUCGCCGUGGUGGUCAACUCUUUUCAGAACAUCCAGCAAGGAGAAGAGGCAGACGAGCUGGAAGCGGAUGAGACAUCUUUACAGAAGAUCUUUCAGGAGAUCGACGUGCAGGGCGAUGGGAAGUUGAACUAUGAAAACUUCCUGGAAGGAGCUGCGAAAAACCCCGACUUCAAGGGCCGCCUGGGACUCUUGAACAUCAAGCAAGAUGACCUGCGGGAUCUCUUCCAGCGGAUGGAUGUUGAUGGCAAACAGCUGAUCAAUGCUCAGCAGUUUAGCCGCGUACUGAGAUCCUACAACCGACAUGGCAAGUAUGACAUCGUACGUUGCAUUCUGCGGCAAGAAGAUUUGGCAGUAGCGAUAGACACUGGUUUCAGCAGGCUCACUGAUCGAAUGGACAAUCUUUCUUACAAGGGCUCUGGGUGCUGAGGGCCAAGAUUGAAUCUCACGCAAUCAACAGGGAAGUGAUGUGAGUUGCCGCGCCAAUUAAACGAUGCAAUGGCUCUGGACACCGCAAAUAGGUAUCCGAGGCCCAAAACAA